AUGCGAUCGACCGCGGCUGUUCUGUCGAUCCUUCUUCCCGGGGCUCUGGCAUGUCUGGGGUAUGAAGGAGGUGUCCCCAAACCAACCGCGCACUACUCCAACAGCAAGGUGAUUGAAAUUGCUGCUGGACAGGUGUUUGACGCCGGUUGGGCCAAAUAUGAUCGAGGGUCGGGGGCCUGCAGUGGAGAUUCUGAGGGAUCCUGGCAGGAUGCUGUCUUCUAUCUCCACUCUGGUGCCACGCUGAAGAACGUGAUCAUCGGCAAAGAUCAGGCUGAGGGUGUCCACUGCGAUGGACCGUGCAACCUGGAGUUUGUUUGGUUCGAGGACGUGUGCGAGGACGCCAUUACUAUCAAAAACGACAAAGCCGGCCAGGAAACCUGGAUCGUCGGUGGUGGCGCUUACCAUGCAUCGGACAAGAUUGUUCAGCACAACGGCUGCGGGACAGUCAAUAUCAUCAAUUUCUACGCCGAGGACUAUGGUAAAGUGUAUCGUUCGUGUGGAAAUUGCAGCAGCCAGUGCAAGCGCAAUGUCUAUGUCGAAGGCGUUACUGCCCGCGACGGGGGCGAGGUUGUCGGCAUCAACAGUAACUACGGUGAUACUGCCACGUUGAAGAAUGUCUGCACUGACGCAAGCCACCCGUGUGUUCUCUACAAGGGAUGUGCUGGUGGGUGUGAGCCUUCAAAGGUCGGUUACUGUUCCGGGUAG